UGAAAGCACAGCGCAGAGCACACGAGCUGCGCAGAUUGCCGGCUCACGUCCUUUUCCUUUCUUUUCUUUUUUUUCUUAUUUUUAUUUUGUUCCCUCGCCCCAUCCCCGUCUUUUUAAAGGGAGUCUUGCUGCUUGUGAGUGAAGCAUCUGCACGCAGGUACGGAUGGCUGGAAGCAAGCACUUGAGGACUGCAUCACUAGCAAUUAUUUGCACUGGCUUGCUGGCUGCUUUGGCGCUGACAGGUAGAGUGAACGCUCAGAGCGAUGACAGCUUGGGAUUGUUUUACGGAUUAAGAUCAGGACCCUCCGUAGAUGCUAUACUGGUUGCCAAUAAUGGAAUACGAGUGCCGUUUGGACGAUCCAUGUUUAUUGAUCCAAUUAAUGAUUUGGUGAUUCAAGUUCAGCCAGGUGACAGAUGCUCUAUCACCGUCCUGGACAAUGACCCUUUAUCUCAGAGGCCUGGACAGCUGACACCAAAGAAGUUUCCCUGUGACUUUGGCCCCAGCGAUGUGAAGUAUUCACAUUUUGGCUCCAGAAGCCCUUCAAAGGACAGAGUAAAGCUGCAGCUCAGGUAUGACACACAAACUGAUACCAUUAUUAUACCGUUUAUGAUCGAAGUGGAGGUGGUGUUCACCCAGUUAGAGGUUGUAACGAGAAAUAUGCCUCUGUCUGUGGAAAAGCUUCUUGGAACUAGCAAUCCUAUUGACAGAAAGGUUCUGGAGUUUACUUUUGAUAGAGCUGCACAGGUGUGUAAGAUUACUGCUUUGACCAACCCUAAUGGGCUUCCCAGGUAUGGCAAGUUGAUUAAUGAUGCAAAGGCUGGCCAGAUGGUGGACUGUGAUGAGUAUUUAAAACUAGAUAUACGAUACCAGCACUCUGCUGCCACAAGGUCCCCCAACAGAGACUAUAUUCCAAUGGUAGUAGAGCUGCAGGACAAAGAGGGCAACCUACUUAAGCAAGAGUAUUUUCAAAUCAUGGUUCGAAUUCGAGAGGGGGAGGAGAAUACUGCUCCCAAGCCCAGCUUUGUAGCAAUGAUGAUGAUGGAGGUGGACCAGUUUGUAAUGACAGCCAUUACCCCUGACAUGCUUGCAGCAGAGGACACAGAAUCUGAUCCUGAUGAUUUAAUAUUUAACAUCACCUCUUCACUUUCUUUUGAGCAAGGCUACAUAGUGAGUACAGACGAUCGCAAUCUACCCAUUACUACUUUCUAUCAGAGAGACCUUAAAGAUCUAAAAAUUGCCUACAGGCCACCUUCUCAAGAUGCAGAUAUGGAAAGGAUUUUUCAAAUUGAAUUUGAAGUUGUAGACACAGAAGGGGCUACAUCAGAUAUUUUUGCAUUUAUGAUUGUUGUGAAGCCAAUGAACACUCUGGCACCAGUAGUGACACGGAACACUGGUCAGCUUUUAUAUGAAGGUCAGUCCAGACCUCUUUCUAGUCCUCAGAAUCUGGAAAUAAGUGAUGAGGAUAAUCUUGCAGAUGUCAGAGUUACAGUUAUUGAUGGCCUGAGACAUGGAGACCUGACAAUUUUAGGAGUGAGAAGGAAGUUCUUCACUGCUGCAGACCUUGAUGCUGGCUUAGUUGUGUAUCAACAUGAUGGAAGUGACACCUAUAGUGACAAUAUCAUUUUUAGAAUGACAGAUGGAAAGCAUGAGGUUGAGUUUCUUUUCCCUAUCACAGUUGUACCCACCGAUGAUGAGCCACCCAUCAUAAAUGCCAACACGGGACUUGUGCUGUCCAAAAAUGAAAUGGUGCCCAUCUCACCCUUUGUGCUCAGUGCUACAGACAUUGACUCAGAAGACUCAACCAUCAAAUUCAUUGUUGAGCCCCCUUUUUCUACAAUUGGUGAAAUAGUGCUUCGUCAGUCAGAAGUGCCCGCAGACCCCUCUACUUGGAAAUUUCUAGAAAGUGAUGAAAUAUAUGAAAAAGUUGUGACAGAAUGGCUACAGCAAGAUAUUAUGGAAGGAAAGCUUUUUUAUAGACAUGUGGGUCCUCACAGCACAGUUACAGUUAUGGAUCACUUUAUUUUCCGUGUACAAGAUGACAAUGAUCCCCCCAAUCAGUCAGGUGAGAACACCUUUAUAGUGAAAAUUCUUCCAGUGGAUGAUCUCCCUCCUGAAUUGUUUCCAGGAACAACUUUACAAAUGAUUGUUCAGGAGUACCAUGUCACACAUUUUAGGAAGAAGUUUCUACGUUACACAGACCUGGACUCAGAAGACAGGGACUUGAAAUACACCGUAAUCAAACCACCAACUGACAUAGAUGAGAAUAAUAUGGUGGAACUUGGCCAUAUUGUCCUAACGGAAAGUCCUAAUACUAUAGUGAGAGAAUUUACCCAGGCACAAAUUAACCAUCACAAAAUAGCAUACAAGCCCCCAGACCUUGAACUUGGAAUUACUCCUCAUGUGAUCCAAUUUCAGUAUACUGUUGAAGACACUUCUGGAAACAGUGCAGAAGGAACGUUUACCAUAUUUCUUCAGCCAGUUGACAACAAGCCUCCUCAGAUUAUAAAUACAGGAUUUACAGUUUUUGAAAGAGGAACUCAUAUCAUUAAAAGUGCAGAACUGGAUACUAGUGAUGCAGACACAGACAGAAAACAUAUAUUAUUUACUGUUGUCCAGCCUCCUCUUCAUGGGUACGUUCAAUAUUCAGGCAUCACAAUGUCUGAAAGAGAAACAUUCAACUUGGAAGACAUAGCCAAAGGUAAUGUUGCCUAUAUUCAUAAUGGAGAUGAGACAACUAGUGAUUUUUUCAAAAUAGAUGUCACUGAUGGAGUGCACAUUGUGACAAUAACUAUCCGAAUUAGUGUUCGCCCAAUAGACGAUGAAACACCAACUAUCAUGCUGCCCUCUGGCACUAUUGGCUCCUAUAUGGACGUCUUGGAAAAUGGUGCAGCUGAGAUCACAACAAACGUUAUUCAAGGUAGAGAUGAAGACACUGACGAUUUGAUGUUAACAUUCAUAGUUGAAGAUCCUCCUGUUCUGGGUGAAAUCUUAGUCAAUGGUGUUCCUUCUGAAAGAUUCACACAGGGCGAUAUUAUCAAUGGGGUGGUGGUAUAUGCACAUACAAGUGGUGAAAUUGGCCUUAAUAAAAAAGAAGAUUAUUUCAAUUUAACUUUGUCCGAUUUGUCAGAUGAGUGGACAAUUGGAGGCAAUAAAGUCCACGGGGUGCGUGUACAAGUCACUAUCCUCCCGGUUGACAGUCAGGCUCCUGAGGUUACAGUUAGGGAGCAGUUCACCGUAGUAGAAGGUGAAAAGAAUGUCAUUGAACUGGACCACAUGAGUGCUGAAGAUGUUGACACACCCAAUGAUGACCUGCUGUGCACCAUUAUUGUCCAGCCAACAUCUGGCUAUGUGGAGAAUAUCUCACCGGCUCCUGGUUCAGAAAAAUCACGUAUAGGAACAGCCAUCAGUGCUUUCACUAUUAAAGAUAUUCGACUUGGACACAUUUAUUAUGUUCAGAGCAUUCAUAAGGGUGUAGAACCAGUUGAAGACAGAUUUAAUUUCCGAUGCUCAGAUGGCAUAAAUUUUUCUCAGAGGCACUUUUUUCCCAUUGUGAUCACUCCAUCUAAUGAUGAAAAGCCGGAAAUCUUUAUGCGAGAAUUUGUUGUCAUGGAGGGCAUGAAUAUUGUGAUUGACACACCUAUUCUUAAUGCAGCGGAUUCUGAUGUGCCUACGGAUGACUUAAUGUUUAUCAUUACUAAGCCACCAAAGCAUGGGUCUAUAGUUAACCAGCUGACCACGGGUACAGUCCUAGUAAGCAAUUUUACUCUUGAUCAGAUCAAAGAGGCCUCCAGCAUUGUUUAUGAGCAUGAUGACUCUGAGACCAAAGAAGACAGUUUUGAUGUCAUACUUACUGAUGGGAAGCAUACUGUACAGAAAACCAUUAUUGUCAUGAUAAUUCCUGUUGAUGAUGAAACACCAAGAAUGAGUAUUAAUGACGGACUUGAAAUUGAAAUUGGGGAAACAAAAGUAGUCAAUAAUAAAGUCUUAAAAGCUACAGAUCUUGAUUCAGAGGACAAGUCCUUGACCUAUAUUAUUCGCUUUGGGCCUGGACAAGGUCUUCUUCAAAGGAAGAAAGCAUCUGGAAAACUUGAAAAUAUAACAGUGGGAAUGAACUUCACCCAGGAUGAAGUGGACAGAGAUCUGAUUUUCUAUAUCCAUAAUGGACAGGAAGGCAUUCGUGAUCUUAUUAAGUUUGAUGUUACUGAUGGCAUAAACCCACUUAUUGACAGGUAUUUCUAUGUUACAGUGGGCAGCAUUGAUAUGGUAUUUCCUGAUGUCAUAAGCAAAGGGGUUUCUUUAAAAGAAGGUGGCAAAGUGACUCUGACAACAGAUCUCCUGAGUACAAGUGAUCUUAAUAGCCCAGAUGAACAUCUUGUUUUUACCAUUACACGAGCCCCUGUUCGGGGACAUUUAGAGUGCACUGACACCCCUGGCAUGCCUAUAACUUCUUUCACACAGCUUCAGUUAGCUGGCAACAAAAUUUACUAUAUCCAUACAUCAGAUGAUGAAGUUAAAAUGGACAGCUUUGAAUUUGAGGUCACAGAUGGAUACAACCCAGUGUUUCGUACAUUCAGAGUUUCCAUUACAGAUGUGGACAAUAAAAAGCCUGUAGUUACAGUGCAUGUCCUGCAUGUGAACGAGGGUGAAGUCAAACUGAUAACUCCCUUUGAGCUUACAGUGGAAGACAGAGAUACGCCUGACCACCUGCUGAAAUUCACAAUUACCCAAGUGCCAGUACAUGGCCAGCUGCUGUUUAAUAACACAAAGACGGUUACCACUUUCACCAAGCAGGAUUUAAAUGAGAACCUAAUUAGCUACAAACAUGAUGGCACAGAAACCUCUGAAGACAGCUUCUCAUUUACUGUUACUGAUGGAACUCACACAGAUUUCUAUGUUUUUCCUGACACUGUAUUUGAAACUCGCCGACCCCAGAUGAUGAAAAUUAAUAUUAUUUCUGUGGACAAUGGUGUGCCACAGAUUGUUGUUAAUAAAGGAGCACCUACUCUGAGGAUUCUUUCAACUGGGCAUCUUGGCUUUGUGAUUACAAGCAAGGCUUUGAAAGCUGAAGACAGAGACAGUACGCAAACAUCCCUGCAGUUCAAGAUCACGCUUGGUCCAGAUCAUGGCUACCUUAUUAACCUGGCCAAAGGCAAUGGCUCCAUUAUUGGAUUUACGCAAGCUGAUAUUGACGACAUGAAGAUUUGCUAUGUAUUACGAGAAGGGGACAAUGCUACAAGUGAUAUCUUCUACUUCACUAUUGAAGACAACGGGGGAAAUAAGCUGAAGAACCAGCACUUUCGUCUGAACUGGGCAUGGAUCUCCCUGGAGAAGGAGUAUUAUGUUGUGGAUGAGGAGUCCAAGUUUCUAGAAGUGGUUCUGAGACGCAGGGGCUACUUGGGUGAAACUUCAUUUGUUAGUAUUGACACCAAGGAUGGGACAGCAGAAAAAGACAAAGAUUUCAGGGGUAAAUCACAGAAGCAGGUGCAGUUUAAUCCUGGCCAGACCUUAGCCACAUGGCGUGUCCGUAUCCUGACGGACCAACAGUUCGAACAGUCAGAAACCUUCCAGAUUGUUCUCUCAGAACCUGUAAUGGCUGUUCUUGAGUUCCCAGAGAUCGCCACAGUGGAAAUUCUUGAUCCAGCAGAUGAGUCAACAGUUUAUAUACCCCAGUCUUCAUACAUUAUCGAAGAAGACAUCGGCGAGUUGAUGAUUCCGGUUAAAAGAAGUGGUGAUGUGAGUCAGGAGUUAAUGGUCAUUUGCUACACACAACAAGGAUCUGCCAUUGGCACCAUCCCCAGCAGUGUGCUGUCGUACUCGGAUUACAUUUCACGGCCAGAGGACCACACCAGUGUCUUAAGGUUUGAUAAGGAUGAGACGGAGAAGUUCUGCCGGGUCGUUAUCAUUGAUGAUUCUCUUUAUGAAGAGGCAGAGACUUUCAAUGUGACACUGAGCAUGCCCAUGGGAGGUCGUCUUGGCAAAGAAUACCCGUCCACCCAGGUUACAAUCACACAGGACUUGGAUGACGUGCCCGUCUUCUACUUUGGAGAUACUGAAUAUCACGUGGAUGAGAGUGACGGCUACGUGGAAGUUCGCGUUUGGAGAACGGGAACUGACCUGUCAAAGACGGCGACUGUCACUGUGCGAUCCCGUAAAACGGAGCCAGUUUCUGCAGAAGCUGGAAUUGACUAUGUUGGAGUUGGUCGAAAUUUGGAUUUUGCCCCAGGAGUGAACAUGCAGACCUUCCGGGUCACCAUUCUGGACGACUUGGGUCAGCCCAUCUUGGAAGGACCAGAGACCUUUGAACUGGUUUUAAGAAUGCCAAUGAACGCUGUGCUCGGAGAGCCAAGUAAAGUCACUGUAAUCAUCAAUGACUCUGUGUCUGACUUGCCAAAGGUACAGUUUAAGGAGCCAAUGUAUAUGGGGAAUGAGAAUGAUGGGCAGAUUAGAGUGAUGGUCUACCGAAGUGGAGACAUCAGCUAUCAGUCCACAGUGCGCUGCUAUACUCGACAAGGGACCGCUCAGGUCAUGAUGGAUUUUGAAGAGCGGCCUAACAUUGACAGCUCAGUCAUCACAUUCUUCCCUGGUGAAAUAGAGAAGCCAUGCAUUCUGACCCUGGUAGAUGACACUAUCCAUGAAGAAGAAGAAGAGCUGAGGCUGGUGCUGGGCAGUCCAAAGAGCGAGUCUCCUUUUGGGGCCUCCAUUGGUGAACAGAAUGAGACACUGAUCAAGAUCAAAGACCAUGCAGACAGGGCAAUCAUUAAGUUUGGAGAGACAAAGUUCAGCAUCAGUGAACCCAAGGAUGCUGGCCAAAUUGUAGUUGUAAAACUUCCAAUUCUUCGCCUGGGAGACACUUCAAAAGUUUCUGUCAUCAGGGUGCACACAAAGGACGGUUCUGCUACUUCUGGAGAGGACUAUAACCCAGUGUCUGAAGAGAUUGAAUUCAAAGAGGGGGAAACUGAGCAUACUGUGGAGGUGGAGAUUUUAUAUGAUGGAGUUCGAGAGAUGAGAGAAGCUUUUACUGUCCACCUGAAGCCAGAUGAAAAUAUGGUUGCAGAAAUCCAGAUGAACAAAGCAAUCAUUUAUAUUGAAGAGACCAACUCCAUGGCCGAUGUGACAUUCCCAUCAGUCCCUCAAGUCGUGUCUCUCCUGCUGUAUGAUGAUACUAUUAAUGCUAAAGAAAAUCCUCAUCCACCAGCGGGUUAUCCUGUUGUCUGCGUCACAGCCUGCAACCCCAAGUACUCUGAUUAUGACAAGACAGGCUCCAUCUGUGCUAGUGAAAGUAUUAAUAAUACUCUAACGCGGUACCGCUGGCUUGUGAGUGCUCCAACGGGUGCUGAUGGUGUGACGAGCCCCAUGCGAGAAGUGGAUUUUGAUACCUUCUUCACUUCCUCAAAGUACAUCACCUUGGAUUCUGUAUACUUCCAAGCAGGCUCUCGAGUGCAGUGUGCUGCCAGAGCAGUCAACUCUAAUGGAGAUGAGGGUUUGGAGCUGAUGAGCCCUGUGGUAUCUGUCAGCAUUGAGGAAGGCAUGUGUCAGCCUCGACUCGUUGGGGCAGUUGGAGCUGAGCCAUUUUCUGCCAAGUUGCGGUACACCGGAGCAGAAGAUCCAGAUCAUCCAAACCUUAUUAAGCUAACAGUCACCAUGCCACAUAUUGAUGGAAUGCUUCCUGUUGUCUCGACCAGGGAUCUGUCCAAUUUUGAAUUGACCUUGAGCCCUGAUGGCACUAGAGUAGGGAAUCACAAGUGCUCCAAUCUGCUCAACUACAACGAAGUGAAAACACGCUAUGGAUUCUUAACAGAAGCCACCAAGAAUCCAGAGGUGAUUGGGGAAACAUCACCAUACCAGUACAGUGGCUCACUCCGAGGGGAGAAUACUCUACGCUUCUACAGGAACCUUAACUUAGAAGCCUGCCUUUGGGAAUUUAUCAGCUAUUAUGAUAUGUCUGAGCUUCUCACUGACUGUGGUGGUACCAUUGGGACCGAUGGCCAGGUGCUGAACCUUGUACAGUCUUACGUGACGCUGCGUGUGCCACUGCACGUGUCCUACGUGUUCCACUCUCCAGUAGGAGCCGGUGGCUGGCAGCACUUUGACCUGGAAUCAGAGCUCCGGCUAACAUUUGUGUAUGAUACUGCCAUCUUGUGGAAGGAUGGUAUUGGCAGCCCACCUGAGGCAGAGUUACAAGGUGCUCUCUAUCCAACCAGCAUGCGAAUAAAUGAAGAAGGACGCCUUGUUGUCAACUUCAGAACGGAAGCACGAUUCCGGGGCUUGUUUGUGACAUCACAUUCUGCCUCUUAUCUCACCUCGAUGGUAAUGUGUGCUGACCACCCUGGCCUUACAUUCAACCUGAGUUUGGUCAGAAAUGAACCAACCUACAAUCAACCGAUACAGCAAUGGACGUUCACUUCUGACUUUGCAGUUCGGGACUACUCCGGCACAUACACAGUGAAGCUGAUACCAUGCACUGCUUCUGCCAAUCAAGAGUACACAAUUCCUGCUGUCUGCAACCCACGAGAACCCAUCACAUUUGACAUUGACAUCAGAUUCCAACAGGUCAGUGAUCCUGUUGCUGCAGAAUUCAGUUUAAAUACUCAAAUGUUUCUGCUGUCCAAGAAGGCUCUUUGGUUGUCUGAUGGAUCGAUGGGUUUCGGCCAGGAAAGCGAUACUGCCUUUUCCGAAGGUGAUAUAAUCUAUGGUCGAGUGAUGGUAGACCCUGUGCAAAAUCUUGGGGACUCUUUCAUUUGUAACAUCGAGAAGGUUUUCCUGUGCACUGGAUCAGAUGGCUACAUACCGAAGUAUAAUCCCCCAAAUUUUGAAUUUGGUUGCCUGGCGGAUUCUCCUUCUUUGUUAUACAGAUUCAAAAUUAUUGACAAGGCUCAGCCCGAAACACAGGCAACUGUAUUUGGUAACGUUGGAUUCAAUGCCCGACUGGCCAUUGACGACCCAGAAGCUCUGCCACUUGUAAGACAGCCGGGAUCAGAUGGAUUCAGAGUGGACUCAUUUCCCAUGUUCCAGGUCUCUUCUGGACGGGAAUGGUAUAUCCAUACCAUUUACACAGUACGCUCAAAAGAAAAUGCUAAGAGAGGUAUUGGCAAGAGGAGUUUGGAGUACCAGUACCACUCUCUUGUGCAGGGCAGUAAUCUCAAUACAGCAAUGGCAUCUCAUGCACGGAGAGCCACCAGAGAAGUGCCAGAUAAUGAAGAAAUAGGCCUCGAAAACAAUCGAGGAACCAACAUUCAGCAUAUUGCCUUGGACCGGACUUACAAAAAGCAGACGAAAGUCUUUAUAGAUGGCAUCGUCCCACGCGAGGUCAACAGCAAAGAUUCAGAGGAUAACCUAAUCACCAUUGUUUGUGGCAUAGCAGGCCUGCUGCUCACUAUUUGCUUCAUCGUUAUCAUUAUCCUGUUAAUAAAACGCAGACAAAAUUCCAAGGGAAAGGAUGUUUCAAAAGGAUCUACCAGCAGGGAGCCAAUGAUGUCCCACACAUAUCAAAGCAGUGAUAGUUCCGAAGUUUGAUUUCACAUGUAUUUCGUCUAACACCUAUACUCUUUGUUGACUAGUGGAAAUGUACCUGCCCAACUUCAAAGUGCCUAUAAGCGAAAAAUUGAACUCAGUUCUUUUAUGUCAUUUAUUUACACUGGAAAAAGUCAACAAACGAGAAUUCCAUGGCUCCUACUCUCGACACUUGAUAUUUUACUAUUUACAAAUGCAACAGAGGCAUUGAUUGAUUGGCUCCGCAGUAACAUUGUCUUGAAUACCCUAAAGAAAUCAGUUUUGUGCUGGUCAUUUCAUGAAAACUCCUCAAAUCUGAGCCGCACCCCAUUUGUGAUACCCAGAAGCGGUGCAGGCAACACGUUUUAAGGUUUAGGUAACCAAAAAGGCAUAACAAGGUAGACAGUACUUGUAAGUGCAUGCUGACUACAAAACCAGUAUUUGUAAUUCCUUGAGUGCCUCAUUGUAGGUACCCAUCUGUGUUUUAAUUUCCUGAAAUGGCUAUUGAAUAGCAAUGCAGUGUGGGUGUUGUCCAUGGUCAUCAGCAUACCACAUCUAUUCAGCCAGGAUGUCAAACAACUUCUAACUGAAGCCCCUUAAUAAUUAGACUUCUUGCCUAAGUAUAGCAUUUCACUCUUUAGCAGUAUAAAUAUUUUUCUCUUGCUAUAGCGCUCUGUUCCACUGUAUUUGUUCGAACCCAAUGGUCAUAAUGUGCACCCACCUCAUAUUGUCACACAGUGGCAUUUAGGAUGUCAUUUUUAAGUAACAAGCCCAAUGGCCUUACACAUGGAAGUAUGUGGGAUAAAAAAUGAAAUAUGGAAAUGCGGAAAAAGGGACAUGAGCAGCCUAAUGAAGAAAGCAAAUUGAUUCUAAGUGUAAGGAGUUAAGAGCGUAUCUGAUAAAAAAGCCAGUCAUGGACAAACGUAGUUUGGCCACUGUUUGCUAAAACUAUUUCAUUAAGUUUGGAAACCACAAAAACAAGGAGCCCAGUAAUGAAAUCAAAUUUUAUUCAAGUUUAGUUGAAGCACAACAUUUACAGCUGUUGUGGCCCUGAGUCCAAGAUGGAGUAUGACACUUCUGCUGGAUUUUAUCUGUUGCACAUCAGGUAGGAUUUGCUUUUGAAUUCUGCUGAUUUGUGAUCUGCAAAAUCAUAAAAUCAUUUUAGUUAUUUGGUUGUAGUGAACAAGUACAAAAAAAAGGAGUUAUGUCUUCUAUGGCCGCCUCUGAGCACGCUGGUUCACUUAAAGAAGAAUGUUUAGUUCCGAUCAUCAUCACAUGUCCAGCAAUCCUCAGAACCCUUGAAUGAGUUCGCAAAAUAAAUCACUGCCCAAAUUUUUAAUAAAUGCUUAAAGAAUGUAUAUAUUGUAAAAUCCCUAUUGAUAUGGUUCCAAUUUUUGAAUAGGAUAAUAAUAUAAUUUUUUUUUAAUCUGUACCUUCCAGUUGCUGUUAUCUUUAGUCUUUUUAAUCCUAAAAAUCAGAACUGGUCGCACAUUCCUAUAUAACAUACUAGUACCAAGGAACAAACCACGUGAUAAUAAUACCACUAUGACGUAAAUACUGAUUUUGAGUUGGAAAUUAGGCGGAUUGUCUUAAAGAUUAAAUAAAUAUUGGUGGUCAGAAAUUCACCAAGACUGUUUACAAAGAAACGUUGCUAAAUUUCAUUUUACUAAAAAGCGAAACGUGGUCUACAUUUAUGUGCAGCUCCUUAUGCUCUGUUGGAUCUGACAAAGUGAGGUACAGUAAACUGCUUGAUGUGUUUUAUUAUUAUUAUUAUUAUUAUUAUUAUAUAUUAUUAUAUAUAUAUAUAUGAGUUCACACGAUGAUACACGUGUUUAACUAGAAUGUGGUGCAAACCAAACCGGUGGGCGCACUAUAUGCUGCUUUCCGUUUUCUUCUCAAACUGAACCUUGCUCUUUAAAACUCAGUUUUGUGUUUCAGUAGCCGGUGGGAUUGUUUCCUUUCGGUGCACAUUUAUUGAUUCAAAGGAACCGAGCCUUUAAUUACUGUAUAACAAACGGGGACAGUAUAGACACACAUUAGAAUCAAGACGGCUGUCCUGUGCGAGAGCGGGGACAGGACCUCGUGCCAUAAAUCGGCUGUAGUGUGAUUGUUCAGAUUAUUUUGAUUUCAUUUCAUUCAUCUACUUUAUACUGGAUAUAGUUUUUCCUACACAUCACUGGUGCAAAUGACCAAGGGGCAAAAUACCCAAAACUGUUUAGUUUUUGCUGGUUAUGUGAAAUUGUCCCUUUUGUGACGUAACUAAAUUGUAAUGAGUUGGCUAGAUAA